AUGCUGAUAAUCUCAUUUGUGCUUUUUGCAAUUGCUCAUCAAGGCUUCUCCUUUCGGGAACAAGUUGUCGGAGUCCGUGGAAAGCUCACCUGCAAUGGAAAAAACCUUAAUUCCGCUGAUGUCAAACUCAUCGAUAAAAACUUUAUUGGUCAGGAUUUUACUCAUUUUUCCAAUUUUUCUAAAUAUUUUACCAUAAAAAAAAAUCAACUUUGUACUACAGGGCCAGACAUCAUUCUCGCUUCUACAAAAACAGACAGUGAUGGCAACUACGAACUUUCAGGAAGAUCAAUGGCUUUUCUUCAAAUGAGCGUUCAUUUGAAAAUUUUUCACGACUGUGACGAUCGAGGAGUUGUGGGUGGUUUUAACGUUCAUAUCUACUUCAAAACUUAUGAGUGCAAGCUUUGAAAAAACAUUUCAAAAGAAAAUCCUACGUUAUACAUCAACUAGAAAGUCCUACCUUAUAGCUAGGAAAAUGACUUUCUCGCUUCAAAGUGAAGAGCUUUACGGAUCCAUAUUUUCUUAUUUAUUUGAUGAACCUUACCGAAUAAUUUUAAGAUAUAUUUUUUCUCAAUUAGAAGUGAAAAUUUAAACACGAAACUUGUUUAUUUUCUUGAAAUGGCUUUAUAACUUUGUCAAAAAAAAAUGUCUCAGCCUUGUCAGCGAACAGUUGACCUCCGAAUCCCGCCAUCAUACGUGGAAAGAAAUGACGUCGUCUCCAACUAUUUUGACGCCGGAUCUAUGAACAUGGCUUUCAAAUAUCCAAACGAACAACGGUCUUGCUUCAACGGAUAA